AGCAUGGCACUUCGUGUAUGUAGUUUGCAUGUGUAACUUGAUAGUCAAUGAUAUUGGUGAUGUGAUGAUUGGAAACGGCAAUGUUCGCAUGGAAAUCCCCCGAGCCGAGCCCCGCAUACCCCCUAGGCCUGGUUGACGUUUUGAAGUCUCCUUGUAUUAUUGCAGCAGCUGGAGCGACGAGGAUCGGAGAUAAUAAUAACGUUUCGUUUAUUGGGAAAUGACAAGUUCCUUUUGUGCUCGCGGGGCUGUGGGGAAGUCGAGGGCCCCUUUGAGACUGAAAUACUUGCCGUCUCUCCCCCGUCGAGAGUAUCUAGAUAUAUUCUUUCGUUCAUCCACGCUGGUGCUUUGUCGUGUUCCAUAAUAUAGGUACUCGGUGGCGAAGUGUAUUGUCGGCUUCCGCUGUACUGUCUCUUCACUAGGUAUGAUUGUACCACGGGCAAAGACACCUCUCGAGGUGGUUAUUGUUGGUGCCGGCAUUGGGGGUAUGGCUGCUGCAUUGGCAUUAGGCCAACGAGGACAUCAUGUCAUUGUUCUCGAAUCAGCCCCAAAGCUCAUGGAAGUCGGAGCCGGUAUCCAAGGCUCCCCGAACAUGUUGACGCUGUUUGACAGAUGGGGAGUCUCUCCCUUAAUACACGCCAAGGACGUCGCCUUGGAAUACAUCCACGUCCGACGAUGGCAGGACGGCAGUCUGCUGGGAACCAUGCCUGUCAACAAGACAUAUGGCCAACAAGUAGUUAUCCACCGUGCAGACCUCCACAAUGCGCUGAUCGAAAAGGCCAUGGCACUGGAGAACGUCCAAGUACGGGUCAACUCGACCGUCACCCGCGUCCGGUUCGAUCCUCCAGCCGUGACCCUCGCCGACGGCAGCGUGGUGCAAGCGGACAUCGUCCUCGCAGCAGACGGGAUCAAAUCCAGCAUUCGGGAUCAGCUGCUAGGCAAAGAUGCCACCAAGGCCAUUCCCACCGGAGACGCAGCGUACAGAAUCAUGCUCCCACGGAGCGCAAUGGAGAACGAUCCCGAGCUGAAGCAGCUCAUCGACGAGCCGCAAGCCACGCGCUGGAUCGGUCCCUACCGCCAUAUCAUCGCCUACCCCGUCCGCAACCACCAGCUAUACAACAUCGUCCUGCUCCACCCGGACCGCACCGAUGUCGAAGAGUCAUGGACAACCAGGGGCUCGAAGCAGAUGAUGGUCGAUGACUAUCGCGGCUGGGACAGCCGAGUAACGAAGCUCAUCGACCUGGUCAAGGACAACGAAGUCCUCGAGUGGAAGCUCUGCCAGCACCCGCCUCUAAAGACGUGGAUCAAGGGCCGCGUGGCCUUGCUCGGCGAUGCCUGCCAUCCAAUGCUUCCAUACAUCGGCCAAGGUGCCGCCCAAGCAGUCGAAGACGCCGCCGCGCUGGGCGUCCUCCUAUCCACCAUCUCGUCUCGCAGCGAAAUCCCCCUUGCCCUGGCGGCAUACGAAAAGUCGCGCAAACACCGCGCAGAGACCGUACAGCAGUCCGGCACCGUCAACCGCGCGACACUGCAUCUCCCCGACGGGCCGGAACAGCAAGCCCGCGACGACCAGUUCCGCGCGUCGAUGAAUGGGGCAUCGAAUCCCGAUAAAUGGGCUGAUCUGGAGACGCAGAAAUUCCUCUGGGGCUGGGAUGCAGAGAAGGUGGCUCUGGAGACUUGGGAAGAGCUUCGAGGGUACCGUCUGACAGCCAUGCGACAUCAUUUGUGAUGGGGUAGUAGCAGGUUUAAACCCUUUUGAUUCUUUCCCUGGCGCGUUAAGCAGGUUUGGUCAUUGCUUUAUUUUUCUUGCAGAAUCAUUUCUAUAGUAGAGUUGGUGUACAUAUACUUUUUCUAGUUUGGGUUCUAGCUUACUGAACUGACAAUCUAUGGGUUCUACACAC